AUGCCCACUCCAUCAUCCCACAACACGGACGAUUCGCACACCUUCACAUCAUCAUGUCCAGAUGAGCAGGCACCACACUCGCCAUCGAGCUGGCAUCCGCCGCCGCCAUACCCACUAGACAUGGACGAGGUACGCGCCCCUCGAGACAUGCUGGACGACCACGAUUCUGCGUCUAGGUCGACGACACUAUCCCCGCGGCCCGACUCGAGGAGUGGGAGCGGAGGUGAUGCCUCAGGACCAGCAUUGCACAGCCCAAGCGAUCCCGACGACUCCAACAAGCAUUCAGAUGCGGACGAGGAAAUGCGGACCGGCGACCAAGUCGGCGGCAGUGCGGCCCUGGGCGUUAGCGGACUAACGGAAGCACAUGUCAUUGAGGGGCAGAUCUACACCUCUGGUGGCAGUCGCAGAAGGCAGAACCGGCACUCGCUGAGAGACACGACACAGCGCGGGAGCUACCAUGACAGGGUGGAUGACCUGGAAGCCACUGAGCUCGACGGGUUUGUUGACGAGUUGGGAACUUCGAUGGGAUACGAAUAUUCCAAUAUGAGGCUGAUUCCCACCACACCCUCGUCCUUCCUCCGCCCGGGCAGCCGGUUCACCGGCACCCAGCAGUCGGAGCGCCAAGUGUACGACGUGCACGUCGAGAUUAAGCACGUCGACCUUCGCGAAUCCUUCCUCUGCGGCUAUCUCCGAAUACAAGGCUUGACCGAGGACCACCCGACGCUCACGACGUAUUUCGAGGGCGAGAUCAUCGGCAGCAAAUACGGCUUCAUGACCAAGCACGAGUCGUGGGGCGCCAACGACCGCAUCGACCUGUCGCACUGGUCCAAGUUUGCCGCCUUCCGCCCCUUUGCCAAGCAGGCCAAGAAGGGCAACACGGCCAUCAAGGACGUCGCACAGCGGGAGCACAUAUUCAUGCGGUGGAAGGAGCACUUCUUGGUCCCAGACCACCGGGUCCGGACCAUCAAUGGCGCCAGCUUUGAGGGCUUCUACUACAUAUGCUUCAACCAGAUCCAGGGCGAGGUCAGCGGGAUCUAUUUCCACUCUAAGAGCGAGAAGUGA